UGUACACACUCAAUGCAGCGACGGGGCACGGCCAUCGAAUGUUAUACCAACUCCAAAGACCGAGUUCACCCAUCAACCAAGUACUAUAAAUACAGUCACUGAAGCAGACGUCAGUAAACAUCUGAGGCAUAUCACAUAAUCACAAUGGCUAUAUUAAGGGGUGUGCAACAGAAGAAGCUCUUCGCGUACAGUGUGUACGUGUGGGUGAUACCCUUUGUCAUCAGCGUCCCUUUCUUCGAUCGUAACGGACAACUUCGAACCUCUGAGUACUGGUUCAAGUGUGUUAUGGCCAUAUUCAGUUCAUGGUGUACUGCUGUAGCAUUGAGAUCUGUUCUUCCUUCACGCACAAGCUCACUCAACGGAAUGCUUGUCGCGAGUGAGAUUGUGGCCAUCAAUUGGGCAUUGGAUCUGUUGGUGUUUGUACACUUUGGGCUAGGAGGAUAUACCCUGUACACAUACUUUGAGAAGAUAGGCUGUGGUUACCUGGCUGGCAUUGCGAUGGGGUGGCUUGCGGGGGGGGUGAGCAGUGAUGCAGCAAUCAACAGGAAGAAGUCGACGUGAUGCAUUUGGAUUUGUAUGCAUGUAUGUUUACAACUACAAACUAACUGGGUCGAAAGCGGACCUUCAAUAAAGUAUACCAAACCUACCAUUCCGGUAUUUAAGCGUAAUCUCAGGGAAUAUCGGGUUUGGACAUAGCUGAAUGACGACAAUACGGCUGAGCGCCUCUUUAGGAUGAUGUAUUGGGUACAGCGACUCUUAAGGUCUCCACUACUGGGCCGAAGGUAUUUUAUGUAGACGAAAUUGGAGAAGAAUACGAAUGUAUUAAGAAUAACAGUUUUCCUCUCAAAUUGGUAUUUUGUCAAACAGCAAUAGUUAUUGCUUGAUGAGGCUAUUGUUAGACUAUAAAAGUGAUUUUUUUGGCUUUUAGUUUAUAGUUGGCUUGAACCUGUCGGUCGGCAGUGUGGCAUUGUUACAACAAUCCUCUUGUUAUUCUACUAGUAUACUAAAGAC